AUGCAGCAAAAUACAGAGGAAGGUCGCUCGAUUCCCAUGCGCAGACUCUCUGUGGCAGGCAGACUUUCUGCGACAGGCUCAUCAAGUUGCAGUCAAUCAAAUGACAGCGAAGCGCCGCUCUCGGGGUCUCUUAAGGAUGGCACAAGCAGGAUGUUCCGCAACACAAGUCAAGCAGAGCAUGGGCUACAGACAAAGCUCUUCAGAAAUUUUCCGUACACACGCAAGCUGCUUGGUGCUGUUUCUGGAGAUUCGGUAUAUCUCUGUGCUGCUUGGGCACUUGGGUCUCUAGCCGUUAUUGGUCUCAUAUUUCUGCUAACAUUCCUCAUCAAACCAUCCUCCCUGGACCCCAUCGUCCCACACGACUUCAUCUCGACCAACCCCAUCCUGGACAAUGGACAACCGAUAGGUGGCGAGCAGAAGUGGCUGCAUGACUUUUCCCACUCAGUUAAGCCCAGAGCAUGCCACUCACAUAACGACUACUGGCGGCCCUACCCUCUUUUUUCCGCCCUUGCGGCCGGCUGUUCGAGCGUCGAGGCGGAUGUUUGGCACACAGGUGACAAGAAAGACCUUCUGAUCGGGCAUGACGAGGCUUCCCUGAGGCCCGGUCGGACGCUGACAAGCAUGUACCUCCAUCCUCUCUUGAACAUCCUCGAUAGCAUCAAUCUGGGUUUGGGAACCCCGCACAGGGGGAUAUUCAGGACAGACCCGAACGCAACACUCGUCCUGCUAAUCGACGUCAAGAGCGAGAGCAACGACACCUGGCCAAUCAUAGUGGAGCAGCUUUUGGCCCUGCGUGAAAAGGGAUUUCUCACACGAUACGGGGACGGCAGCCUUGAGGUUGGCCCCAUCACCGUCGUAGGCACGGGUAACAUAGGCUCCGACCGAGCGGUGUUCACCAGCACAAAUGCUGACCCCAAAUAUUCCUUUGACGAGUAUCACGACACUUUUCUAGACGCACCUCUUGCCUUGCUACCGCAAGCCAUCGACAUCGCCGACAACAACAAUCCGGUCGCUGCUAAUCAGGAUGUUACAGAACAAACAUGGUCCAACAAGACAGCCUACUAUGCCUCGGCCUCAUUCAGAUCCACCAUUGGGUCCGUGAUUACAGGGUUCUCCUCAUCACAACUGUCCACCCUGCGCAGCCAAAUCAAUGCCGCAGCACGGCUUGGUUUGACGAGCCGGUACUGGGACACACCCGACUGGCCUGUUGGAUAUCGGGACUACGUCUGGGGCGUUCUGGAGCGGGAGGGUGUUGGCAUACUGAACGUGGACGAUCUGGAGGGUGCCGCACGAAGGGGUUGGGAUGCGACUGGAGGCACGUGGCUGCGUGAUGUGGCUUGGAUGAUUGCCGUUGGGGUGUGGGUUGUCUCCUGUGGUGUCGUCGUCGUCGUGCUGGGAUGGAAGCAGAGGCAGGUGGUAAGGGCCAGGUAUCCCAGACGGUGUUCAUGA